AUGUUUCGGCAUUUACUUUACAUGUCUGGACUAAGCUCUAGCUGUAGUAGAGACUGUUCUGGGCGAGGGGAAUGUUGGAAUGGAACCUGUAUGUGCAACAUAAGGUUUACAGGAGAAUUAUGUGACGACCCCAACUUACCUUAUCAUGCAGGAAUUGGAGGAGUCUUUUUCUUUAUUGGCAUAGUCUGCGCUAUACAACUUAUAAUGUGCUGUAUCUCAGAAUAUCAACGACUAAAAGCCCCAACAACUUUGAAGGCCUGCAAGAUUACAACUCAGAAGCUAAUAUACUUGGUUAUUUGCUUUGCAAGUUUGCUAAGAGGAGCUUAUUUUAUAUUUCCUGUGAGUAUUCACGUUUGUAUCGAAGAAUCGUUCCAAUAUGGGUGGUCCAGUAGUUUGCUGUCUUCUUACUAUCCUCUUCUAAUGUCCAGCGCCUCUUUGAUAGUAUGUUUCUGGGCCGAGGUUUUCCAUCUUCAAGGAAUUCGUUAUGAGAAGCCCCAAUUUAUAUCAAAGUCAUUCUUGGGCUUUAUUACGUUUAACAUAAUAUCUUACGGACUACUUUUUGCCGAGUUUAUAACAACCCAACUUGCAAAGCCACCAGUCGAUGAUCCAGGAUUUUAUAAUCACUUGUUCAAUGGAUGCUAUGCCGUGCUUAUGUUCAUAGUGGUUAUCUUCUUUUUAAUUUAUGGCGUGGAAGUGUAUUUUAAGGUCAGAGGAGGUUUUAUGUCUAAACCACUUCAGCUUGCCAAUACCAAUCAAGAGUCAGAACCACUAAGAAGUGCUGCUGAUCUACGCCCGCAAAUUAAUAUUUCCCAAUUACAUCAAUCACGUAUUGGUUUAUUGAGCCAGGCUUUGAUGCUAAUUGUGAUUGCUGGUUUUCUAUUUUCCGAAACAUUGAGCGAAUUUUGGAAGACGAAAGUUCCAAUUAAUUCUCGCAAUCUACAUGACGUUAUUUUUCGAGUUGUCGAAAUAGGCGUGGCUAUAUGGUUUCCUGCAGUGCUUUGGAACUGUAUGCAACCUUCCGAACUAUGGAUUUUGAAUCCAAGAAAGCUUUUAGCAAAAUUCGACCAGCAAAAAUAUCCCGAGACCGAAUUGUCACAAGUUGACGGAGCCCAAGCAUCUACAGGUGCCGAAGAUGACGAAGCUUUUCUCGAUAAAAGAGAGUGUUGGAUUUGCUAUGACGGCGAUCGAAAUGAGCCGUUAAUUCAGCCAUGUGAUUGUACAGGAGACGUUUCUAGCGUGCAUCAUGAAUGUCUUAGAAGAUGGCUAAUGGAAAGCAGUUCCGCUUCGAACGAACCUCUGCGAUGCAAAGUGUGCAACUACGAAUACGAAAUCUGCCAAAAUAACGAGCUGAAAUGGGACAAGGGAUUUACCGCCAAACAUUGGGGUAGUACCGCCGUAAUUGUGACAUGCAUUUGUAUGACUAUCGCAUGCGCAUGGAUAGUCAUCCAGUUGUAUGAUAACUCGUAUAUCAGAAUGGUAGCAGCUAGCGUUGCAGUCAUAAUCAUAUACGUUUGCAUCAGAUUUUUGGGUCAGAAUACACUUAGCGCCUAUCAGCGCGCCAAAGUGGCUGCUUUGAGUAUCGGAAAUCACGUAACUACUAUAAGUGCCAACGUCAUUUUGCCAACUGAGACUAGCACCAAGUCGGUUGCUGAAGCCAAUCUGUAAUAGGCUGCAAUUUUACAAUCUUCAAGUUUCCAUUGAGUGCCGACGACACCAUGAAGUAUUAUGCUAAAUAGUUUAUCUCUUGAGCUUUGACUGUAUAAGGACACUUAAUUGUAUGCAUUCACUUGGAGUAAGUUUUUUCAAUUGGUUUCGUGGCAAUUCCCAUUUAAUUAUUAUGUUAUAUAUUAUUGACAUCUAUAAUUACCCCAGCACAAGAAAAUUGCUAUCUUAGUACAGAAACGUCAACCCGUGCACCAUUUCAUGCUGAUAAAACACUUAUUACAACAAUAUUCAUGCUUGAAAAUAAAAUAGUACAGUCGGACAUCUACAAUAAGGAUCUGAUUUAUCGCGGAAAUUAAACUGUUUAUCAACUUGGAUACAUCACGAGUUGUAUAAUUGAAUGAGUAAGUAAUAAUAAUAAUAAUAAAAUAAGAAUUUCAAAUUGCUCAUUUUAAUGUUAAACUCUAAUUAAAAUCCUUAUCAAAAAUAAUAUUUGCAGAAUGAAAAAAAUAAGCUUUUUAAAUAACUGCUACCCCAAUUAAUAAUAAAAUCACUAGUUUUAAAGUAAAUAAUCUAAUAUUUAGUAUCAAUUCUUAAUCAAUAACGUUCGAAAAUAUCCAAACAUCACAGAAACCAUUAUCUAGAUAAACGCAAGGCAGAAAAAUUCUGAUAUAAAUAUUAUAAUACUGAAAUAAUGUAGAUUAUCUCUCACGUGAUUUCAUGGAAAUAUAUCGAGCUAAUAAUAAACUAUAUGUGAUAUUUAUUUUUAGGCAGAAUGUAGGUUAUACUGUAUAUUUUUAGUAAGUUAUGAUAUUCCAGUCACACAUACUGGACUUAGCUAGGAGCGUAGUUAAAAAUGGUCCAGAGGAGUUAUUCUUUGUUUUAUUCCGUAUAUACUCCUAAUCAACUAGUGUGUACAUUUUGCUUAGCAUGUAAAACAAUAUUAUAAUUAUCUCCUCUGAGGCAUUUUCUUUUUAUUUCUAUUACUUCCGAAAGUUACUCUUUAUUACUUAUCAAAAAGCUUUAAAAUUGUUAACUAGUAUUCGUUCCGUUUCUGUUCGGUCGUAAAAAUUAGCGACACUUCAAAGCGGCGGAAUGAACAGUAUAUAAAUUCAUCACUAUGUUUUUUUGUUGAUCUUCGUUUUGUUGAAAUUGUUAUUUUUAGUUUGGUAAUUCAUAUGUGCUAUGUACAUGUAUCAAUAUCAGAUUAGUAAACUAUCGACAGUAUAUAAAA